AUGGAGGUCCCGCUCCUGGACGAGCCAACCGCGGCAUGGGCCCCCGUCGACACGCCCGGACCGCCCCCAAGCGCGACCAGCGCCAUCUACAAAAUCAUCAUGCACUGCGGCGGCCAAGAUUCUUCCCGCCUCUGCCUCGUCGGCAAAAACAUCCAUUUCAUGAAGGCCCGCCUCCUGGACGGCCUGGUCCCGCUCUCCGAGGCCCAGUGGCAGGAGCAAGACUCGACAACCCCGCCCACCUGGAGCGCGCCUGCGAGCAUCUCAGCGCCGUUGCGGCCUUGGGCGAGGGCGGACGGGUUGGCUGAGUUCCCGGCCAUCCUCGAUCUCCGCGCUCUGUGGGCGGAAUACGUGCCUGCCGUGUAUGAGGUUAUGACCCGCACCGCGCACGCAUGGGUGCUGGCCCACCUGACGAGGUUGAAGCAGCGGAUGCUGGAUGAGGACUUAUUCGACACGGGGGCUGUCGGUCAGACAGACAUCGAGGCCCGGGUGGCGAAAUUCUACGUGCGGUGGCGCCUCCUCGCGGAUAUCACGUUUCAAGCGGACGCCGGGUUCUGGAUGCCCUUGAAUGGGUACAAGGGGUAUCGAGUCCCCACCGAGAUCGUCGCGGGGUUGCAUCAUCCGCAAAUAAAUGAGUUCGCGGAAGUGUACCCAAGGCGGCACAGUGAGGUGCUGACUGCACAGGUGCAGGCGGUGCCCGAGUUGCAGACCUCGUCGACCGGCGAAAAUAGUGAAGAGAACAAGAUUUCGAGCGCACUUCUCCGCCUCCGGAGAUUCAUGUCAGCGGUUACGGUGGCGGAAGAUCAAGUCCGCUUGGAACUGCGCGGGUCGUUGUCGCCCCCGCUGACGGAGCUGCCUCCGGCGCCGUGGAUUGAGAGGGCUCUCCGAGUUUGCACGGAAGCAAUGUCCGGUUUACCAGAAGAUGCCGAGGCGCAGACCAUCGGAUUCGCCGUUUACCGCGCGGCGUAUCAUAAUAUUUCAGACGAGGAGUGGGAGGUUGUGAAAGCAAAGGUGGAAGAGCAAGUGGCCGCGUGGGGAGUCGGCGAGCCGGGCGCGGAGGAGGAGAAGCCCCUUUUGAAACUCCGGUGGUUCGAUUGCAGGGAAUUGGGCAUCGAUCCUAAGGAUACCGAGGCCGUUCGAAGGCUCGUCCCACGUCCACUCUUCCACUUUCGUAUCCUCCGCACACAACACCCGCUGCUGAACCAAUUGAGCUUUCUCAUGCUCGACCCCUGGAGCGCUAGCUCCUACAUCAGAACAGACCAGGACAGACUCCCCAGAGACUUCCGCCCCCACCUCCUCGCCGUUGACGCAGAGUUCGCGCCGUCACUCAUUCCCGAGGCAGUGUCACCUGGCUACACCGGACAGAUGCGGAUUCUCGGGAACCUGGUCUGGAGUGAACUGUAUGCGAUGUCGAUGAUGCAGUCGGCGCAGCUGUGGGACCUGUGGCCGCUGGCGGCGGAGCACCCGCAAAAGGUGUAUACGGGGGCUGUGGUCCCCAGUCAAAUCCAAGAGUGGCGCGAGCAGAACAGGCUCCCUCGAUGGGGGUUUGGGUGGACGGACGCUCCUGCCAUUCGCACUCAGUAA